UCCGGCGGGAGGCCCGUGCUGAGGGACGGCACCUUCACCAUGCCCUCGGCUGAGCUAGACUACACCAUCGAGAUCCCGGAUCAGCCCUGCCGGAGCCGGGAGAACAGCCCGAGCCAAGGUGGGAAGGAGGCGGGGACUCGACAGCCCUUGGUGAUUCUCUUGGGCUGGGGUGGCUGCACCGACAAGAACCUUGCCAAAUACAGCGCCAUCUACCACAAAAGGGGCUGCAUCGUGAUCCGAUACACAGCCCCGUGGCACAUGGUCUUCUUCUCCGAGUCCCUGGGCAUCCCUUCACUUCGUGUUUUGGCUCAGAAGCUACUUGAGCUCCUCUUUGAUUACGAGAUUGAGAAGGAGCCCCUGCUCUUCCAUGUCUUCAGCAACGCCGGUGUCAUGCUGUACCGAUACGUGCUGGAGCUCCUGCAAACCCAUCGGCGCUUCUGCCGCCUGCGUGUGGUGGGCACUAUCUUUGACAGCGGUCCUGGUGAUAGCAACCUGGUGGGGGCCCUGCGGGCCCUGGCAGCCAUCCUGGAGCAUCGGCCUGCCGUGCUGCGCCUGCUGCUCCUGGUGGCCUUCACACUGGUGGCAGUCCUGUUUCAUGUCCUGCUCGCUCCACUCACUGCCCUCUUCCAUACCCACUUCUAUGACAGGCUACUCGAUGCAGCCUCUCGCUGGCCCGAGCUCUACCUCUACUCAAGGGCUGAUGAGGUGGUCCUGGCCAGGGAUGUGGAACGCAUGGUGGAGGCACGCCUGGCGCACCGGGUCCUGGUGCGCUCUGUGGACUUUGUGUCAUCUGCACACGUCAGCCACCUCCGUGACUACCCUACUCACUACACGAGCCUCUGUGUUAACUUCAUGCGCAGCUGUGUCCACUGCUGAGGUCCUUGUCGCACCCACCUCACCUCUGCUCCAGAAAUAAAUGCCUGACAUCUCUUCGCAGCCUAUAUUCAUGGAUGGGGUCCUUCAGCCCUUUGGGACUUGGUGAUAUCCCAAGUAGAAUUCCUUUAGGCCCCUGUCCUGGGAGACUGAUGGUCUACUUAUCCCAGGAUCCUAGCGGGGGCAGUGCCUGGGCAUGUCUCUGCAGGAGCCUUAUAGUGGUUGUAUUUGGACAAGUGUAGCAGUGAGGCUGCUGAUUCCUGUAGCAUUUAGGCUGUUAGGGUUAACCAGGUGGGAGUGGGGGGUUGAUAAUGAGCCCCAGGGUUGAUCUCUGAUUCCUUGAAUGGAAAGUGAGCUUUGUGAGGAGGUGCCAGACAGUAGGAUCAGGCUGAAGCAGGGGCUGUGAUCUCUGCCCCAAGGCCCUGGAAGGGCAAAGCCCCAAGGCAUCAAGCACCAUACCUAUGGAUCCCACUUGGCAGUUCAGGCAGAGGCCUCUUUGACCUUUCUGCCAGGGAGUCUGGGGUAGAAGCAGUUAAGAGAGCUGAGAAUGCAGAGGUGGCAGACCUGCCCAGGUCCACCACACUUUGCCAGAAAGCCACUGGAUCUAGGAAGGUUACAAAGUGUGCAUGUAAUGGGCAGAUAGAGGGGAGCAGAACGAAGACAGCAGUACCAUAUGGGAGCUGGGACAGGUAAAGUCAGGAGCCCUAAAGACCAGCACCAGGGUGCAAGGGGCCACGUGGCUGAAACAAACUCCCUCAUCUCUGAGAGUUCCACUUGGAUUCUGUCUAGGCAGGAGUGGUGGCUUUAACCUUAGAGUUCUGUAUCACCUAUCGUUGUACAAUUCACUACUACACAAUGCUGGCACAUAGUAGGUAUUCAAUAAAUAAUUGUUGAUUGAG